AUGGAAUCUAAGAAAGAAAAUGUCCAAGUGGACAUUGAAAGAUUAGCUGGAGAUGAAGAUGCUUCAUCCACUUCUUCUGGUAAUGGGUUAACUACUAAAUUUAAAGAUUUCAAUGAUAAAUUUGAUGUUGAUAAGUAUGGUGAAACCCAAAGAAAAUUAUCAUCAAGACAUGUGGGUUUGAUGAUUAUUGGUCAAGCUAUUGGAUCAGGGUUAUUUAUUGGGUUAUCCACACCUAUGGUUACUUCAGGAUCUUUAUCAUUAUUUAUUGGGUUCGUAUUUUAUGCCGUUUUCGUCAUUUGGCCUUUAAUGCAAGCUGUGGCGGAAAUGUGUUCAUUUUUACCUAUCAAAGGAAGUUUCUUACAUUAUAGUGCUAGAUGGGUUGAUCCUGCUUUAGGAUUUACUUGUACUAUGCUUUAUUUAUAUACAUCUCUUAUGUAUAUUGCUUUAGAAGCUACUGGGUUUGCUGGUGUGGUUGGUUUUUGGACUGAUAUUAAUCCUGGAGUUUUCAUUACUGUUGCCUUAGUUUCUACUUUCUGUUUCAAUGUAUUUGGAGUCAAUUGGUAUGGAGAAAUUGAAUUUGUUACUUCAAUCACUAAAGUAUUAUUAGUUGUAGGAUUAAUGAUGUUCUCAUUAAUUUCUAUGUGUGGAGGUAAUCCAAAAGGUGAUGCUUAUGGAUUUGAAAAUUGGUCAAAAGGUGGUUUAGUUAAAGAAUAUUUAGUUCCUGGAACUACUGGUAGAUUCUUAGGAUUCUGGAAAGUUUUAAUUUACGCGGCUUUGAGUUGUGGAGGACCAGAUUUAUUAGGUAUGAUUGCUGGAGAAGUUUCAAGACCAAGAACUGUUAUUCCAAUGGCUGGUAGAAGAGCUUAUAUUAGAAUUUAUAUCUUCUACUUAGGUGGAUUAUUCUUUAUGAAUUCAAUUUGUGCUUCAAAUGAUCCAAAAUUAACGGCUGCAAAUACUAAUGGAGCUGUUGGUGCGGCUGCAUCUCCUUGGGUUAUUGGUAUGAGUAAUGUUGGAGUUCAUGGAUUAGAUUCUUUAGUUAAUGUAGUGGUUGCAUUAUCAGCAUGGUCUUGUGGUAAUGCUUUUAUGUAUGGAGCUACUAGAACUGCUUAUGCUGCUUCAUUAGCUGGUUAUUUACCAAGAUUUUUCUCAAAAUGUUUAAGUAAUGGUUGUCCAAUUUAUACCGUUAUAUUUUCAAUUCUUAUUGCUUGUAUUUCAUAUUUAGGGGUUAGUAAUUCAACAGGUCUUGUGUUUAAUUGGUUAGUUAAUUUAAGUACUACAGGAAUUUUACUUACUUAUACAUGUAUUUGGUGGUGUUACUUUAAAUACAAGAAAGCUUUUAAAGCUCAAGGAUUUGAUUAUGAAACUGAUUCUUAUUAUAAACCAAGUUUCUUUGUUCAUCCAUACAUGACAUACCUUUCAUUCUUCUUAAUUAUCAUUAUUUUGAUUUUCAAUGGAUUCUGGGUAUUCUUCCCAGGUAAUUUCACUGUUGCUGAUUUAUUCACUUCAUAUUUUGCUCCAAUAUUCGCUGUAUGUUUAUUCACUUUCUGGAAAUUCUUCAAGAAAACUAAAUUUAGAACUGAUUUAGAGGCUGACCUUCUUACAGGUAAACAACAUAUCGAUGAUGAAGAAGCUAUUGCUAAUGCUGAAUAUGCUGCCAGACCUAGAAAAUCAGGAAUCUUCUGGAAAGCUUAUUAUAAAACCUAUGACGUUUGUUUCGGUUAA